UAUGAAAACAUCAAUUUAAGCUAAACAAAAGCAAUAAAAAUACAUUAUUAAAUAAAUUAUUAUUAAAAAUUAUGAGUUAAUUUAGAUUUAAAAUAUAUUUAAAUGUAUAAAAUCCACUUUUCCACAACUCUUCCUAUAUUUAUACAGUUUAUUCUCCUGAACAAACUCGCAGUACAGCCGUUCACUUUCCGCUUCGCCUUUCCGUGCCGUCUCUUUUGUCCCUUCGGAGAUCCCGUCUGACUCCAUGGCAACCACGUAGCUACCGCCGGAGCUAACGUUAGCUGCUCCUCGUUUGUUUCCAGCUGCAGACUCUUUUUAUAACAAUUAACGAUAAAAAACAGCGGGAAUGUGACUUUAUUUCAAACAUACUGUCUGUAUUUAUUAUAUUAUUAAUGUUAUUAACUCGUUACGGUGCAGGACCGAACUGAACGAGAUGUGAGCCUGGUGCCGGCUGAAGAUGUCCUCUCAGGAAGAGACAAUGCAAGUGCUGCCUAUCUGGGGGCUCGCCAUCCCUCUCCCCGCGGUGCUGAUGAUUACUCUGAGCCUUUACAUGCUCGUCCUGGGGAUCGGGCUGUGGGUCCGAUUCUGCCUUAAGGACCGUUGUUCCUCAGAGUGUGGGGAUUGCUGUCCAGACGUUUCCAUAUGUGAGCAGUGCUUCAGACUGGCAGAAGUGUGUGACUGUAGCCUGCCGACCAUCAACUCCUGUCGCUCCAGCUCGUGUCCCGAUCCUUCUUGUGUCAAAUGGGACUGUGCCUGCACCUGUCAGCCUCCUGAGUGUGACUCCUGCAACUGUCUCUGCUUCGAGAUCCGGAUCAAGUAGGAGAGGAGAAGAGAGGAUGGAGGAAGAGCUUCAGUUUUAAGGACUUUAAGUGCUUUUUUUAAUGUCUGUCUUUAUUAGAGUUUACAGUGGAGAGAUUACGGGUCGCGCCACUGUUUUGACCUUAUACCUUAAAAGAAAAUGAUUCUGUUGUUGCCAUCAGAUAGCUUUUUUUUAAAGGUAUUUUUGGGGCCUUUUCAUGCCUUUAUUUUGAUAGUAAAGACAUUUUUAUAUGUACAGUAAAAACAAUUGAAUGGCAAUUGUAUCGACUCACAGUACGUAUUAACAGCAAAACGUAGUAUUCAGUCAUUCUACUCAUUUAAAUAGUCACAGAACGCUAAAACUCAACAU